AUGGGGCCUCUGGUGGGUGCUGCCCCUGAGGACCCUGAGCACCCUGACCUAAGCCGGGAAGAAGGCACCUCCUUAGCCAUCACCCCAUGUCCCUGCAGCAGCCCUGAGUGCAGCCCCCUGCCACGCCUGUUGGAGGCCCCAGGGCCAGGGGGUGCGCGCCGCAGGGACCGGAGGCGGGGUCUCCGGCUGGGGGCCCCGAGUGGGGACGGCGCGCUUCGGGAAGCAGGCGGGGACGCGCUCCAGGGCCGGAGUGGGCGCGCCGGGGGCGGCUCCUCCGGCCCAGACCCCGCCCCCGGCGGCCGCGCGCGGCGGGCCAGGCGGCGGAGGCACCUGCUGGCCGCCAGCAUCCUGGCCGACCUGCGCAGCGGGCCCGGCGCCGCCCCGGGGGGCGCCUCGCCCGCCUCCUCCUCCUCGGCCACCUCGUCCCCGUCCUCUGGCCGCGCCCCCGGCGCCGCGCCCGCCGCCGCCAAGAGCCACCGCUGUCCCUUCCCAGGCUGCGCCAAGGCGUACUACAAGUCCUCACACCUCAAGUCGCACCUGCGGACGCACACAGGCGAACGCCCCUUUGCCUGUGACUGGCCGGGCUGCGACAAGAAGUUCGCGCGCUCCGACGAGCUGGCCCGCCACCACCGGACGCACACCGGCGAGAAGCGCUUUCCCUGCCCGCUCUGCUCCAAGCGCUUCACCCGGAGCGACCACCUGACCAAGCACGCGCGCCGCCACCCCGGCUUCCGUCCGGAACUGCUCCGGCGCCCGGGCGCCCGCAGCACCUCGCCCAGCGACUCGCUGCCCUGCAGUCUGGCGGGCAGCCCCGCGCCCAGCCCCGCGCCCAGCCCGGCCCCCUCUGGCCUGUAGGGCCCUAGUCCAGCCCACCCUGCCGCACCCCUGCUGGGCCUGGGCAUGGAGCACCAGCAAAACGCCUGCUGUCCGCAGCCAGGGGCGGGCCACGGACGACAGCCAGCGUCCCCGACACUGGACCGGGGGUGGCCCUUGGGAGGGGUGGCUGGGGCCCGCGUCUGUAAAUAGCCAUGUUGGAUAACUCUCUUCCCAUGUGUUAAACAGGAACCCCGGGUGGGCGGCCAGCAGGCGCUCCCCUCCCCCCAUGGCCACCUCCCUGCUUUGGAGAGGGUGGAUCUGGGGGGAGCGGCCCAGGAAAGGGGCACCUAACCAGUGCUCAGACUCUGCCCCCCCAGCCCCCCUCUCCAGGUUGGGAUGAUGUGUGCAAAGAGCCAUAGAUGAACCAGGGGUUACCCCGGCACCCCCCCCCACCUUGCCCGGGGCCCCUCACCCCACUGAAAGCCAUUGGAGAUGUUCAGGGAACUGGGGUGCGGCCCCAGCCGCCCCCAUCCGGGUACUCAAUCUCAGGUGUCCACAGGUUCUGCCCUGCCACCCAGCUCCCCAGCAGUGGGGGCAGGGUGGAAAGGGGGGAGGCAGGGAGGGG